ACUACCGGCAACAAUGGCGUCUCUUCCUCCCAUUCUCCUGUCGUUCUCCAUUCUCAUCUGCAUCUCUUUUCUUUCUUCUUUCGCCUCGGCCGAGCUUCACGUCCGAGAAUUCGUGAUCGAGGCGAGGCCAGUGAAGAGGCUGUGCAGAACUCAUCAGACCAUCACCGUGAACGGCCAGUUCCCUGGUCCAACGCUUGAAGUUAGAAACGGGGACUCUCUCGCCAUUACCGUCGUCAACAAAGCUCGCUAUAACAUUAGUAUCCACUGGCAUGGAAUAAGACAGCUUAGGAAUCCGUGGGCGGAUGGACCGGAGUUCAUAACGCAGUGCCCCAUCCGACCAGGACAGAGUUACACUUACAGGUUCACGAUUGAGGGGCAAGAGGGUACGCUGUGGUGGCACGCCCAUAGCCGAUGGCUUCGAGCCACGGUCUAUGGAGCUCUCAUCAUCUACCCUCGUCUCGGAUCUCCAUACCCUUUUCCUAUGCCCAAGCGAGACAUCCCCAUUCUUCUCGGGGAAUGGUGGGACAGAAACCCCAUGGACGUCCUAAGACAAGCCCAGUUCACCGGAGCCGCACCAAACGUGUCAGACGCUUACACAAUCAACGGCCAGCCCGGUGAUCUCUACCGUUGCUCUCGCCGUGGAACCCUCCGGUUCCCGGUUUUUCCUGGCGAAACCGUACAGCUCCGCCUCAUCAACGCCGCCAUGAACCAAGAGCUCUUCUUCGCCGUAGCUAACCACCGACUCACCGUCGUUGAAGUUGACUCCGCCUAUACCAAGCCCUUCACCACCAACGUCGUCAUGAUCGCUCCCGGCCAGACAACCAAUGUUCUUCUGACCGCGAACCAGCGUCCCGGCCGCUAUUACAUCGCUGCUCGAGCCUAUAACAGCGCGAACGCGCCGUUCGACAACACCACGACCACAGCUAUACUGGAAUACGUCAACGCCCCGCGUCGAACCGCUCAUGUCUUCCCGCGUUUGCCCGGUUUCAACGAUACCGCGACCGUGACCGCGUUUACGAACCGUCUGCGGUCCGUGAGAAGAGAAGGGUUACCUCUCGAGAUCGACGAGAAUCUGUUCUUCACCGUGGGGUUGGGACUCAUCAACUGCUCAAAUCCGAACAGCCCGCGUUGCCAGGGCCCGAACGGGACGCGGUUCGCGGCUAGCAUGAACAACGUCUCCUUCGUUCUUCCGAGCCGCAACUCGCUGAUGCAGGCCUAUUACCAGGGGAAACGUGGCGUAUUCACGACGGAUUUCCCGCCGGUUCCGCCGGUGAAAUUCGAUUACACCGGGAACGUGAGCCGAGGGCUGUGGCAGCCGAGUCGGGGGACCAAAGUGUACAAGCUCAAGUACAAGGCCAAGGUGCAGAUCGUAUUACAGGACACGAGCAUUGUCACAGCAGAGAAUCAUCCGAUGCAUUUACAUGGUUACCAGUUCUAUGUUGUCGGGUCGGGUUUCGGGAACUUUGACCCGAAGAGAGACCCGGCUAAGUUCAACCUCGUCGACCCUCCGGAGAGAAACACCAUUGGAACACCUCCCGGUGGUUGGGUCGCCAUGCGGUUCAUUGCCGAUAAUCCCGGGAUUUGGUUCAUGCAUUGUCACAUCGACUCGCAUCUUGGGUGGGGUCUCGCCAUGGCAUUACUGGUGGAGAACGGAAAAGGGGAGCUUCAGACGGUGCAGCCUCCACCGUUGGAUCUUCCAAGAUGCUAAAGCUGUCGCGACCCUCCGCCGCUGGAUCGGAUAUUCAUCGUACUCGUAUCUUUCCUUUCUGGGUUUCUUUUUUCUUAAUUAAUGAAAGGUUUGUGGGUUUUUGAUUUGUAAGCUGUGCAAACUGCUCCAGCUCUUGUUUGGAUCCGAUGUACUUUUUGUUUUGUCUUCCCCGAAAACAUUAAAACAUAUGCUCUCUUUAUUUCUUUU